UGAGCCAGGAGGAUGAAGUUCUAGAGUGUUAAGAUGUGGGGUAAGAAUUCUGGAUCUUCUCCCAAGGAACCUCCCCUCUCAGCUCUGCUUGUCCCAGUGGAGGGACUGGUUCCAAGAUGGCAAGUGGGCAGGCACUGUGAUGACCUGGGGAGGCUACCCCAGGCUCUCAUGGUGGUUCUUAGGGUACCAGGGAGCCUUCUUCACUGCCACCACCACCAGGGGGCUUAGAAUCACAGAAAAGAGAGGUGGGAUGAGGGACAAACCUAGUGAAGGGGGUACAACUCCUCACUCCUGCCCCCCAACCCUGACCAUCACUUCUGAGCCCCAGUCCUAGGCUUCAUCAUGCAAAUGCCACUAAGGAGAAGCUAGUGCAGACCCUCCCUCCAAAGCUGACAGAGCCAGGCUCCUUGUCAUGGCCAGACUACAGGCUGCUUCCUCCGUUGUCAGAGCUGAGCCAAGGAAGGCAGAGGAUGGGGGAAGCUGGGUCAGGUUUCACCAGAAAGAGGGGGGCAUGGGGGACCCACGGAAUGGGACACAGAGGGGAAUUUCUGGACAGAGAAAGUGAAAGCUUCUGGGACCAUAAAUAGGAGGCAGCCGCAGCCUCACACAGGCUUCCACUCACACUCUUUCAAACCCGCUCACAUUCCCCUUCCCACUGCUCCUUCACACUCCUAGCUAAGCCUCUGCCUCACAAGACUCCUGCACACGCCAGAGCUUCACUCCCACUCACCUGCUUGUUGUCAGUCUGCCUCUGUCCAUCCUCCAUGGCACCCUGCACAGCCUCACUACUGGCCCUCAGCUUGCUGGUUCUCUGGACCUCCCCUGCUCUGGGUGGUGCCAACGAUGCUGAAGAUUGUUGCCUGUCUGUGACCCAGCGCCCCAUCCCUGGGAACAUUGUGCGAGCCUUUCACUACCUCCUCCUCAAGGAUGGCUGCAGGGUGCCUGCUGUGGUGUUCACCACAAUGAGGGGUCACCAGCUCUGUGCACCCCCAGACCAGCCCUGGGUGGGCCGCAUCAUCCGGAGACUGCAGAAGAUCACUCCCAAGGCAAGCCUGGCCCUCUCUCCUCCGCAGCCCUGCCUCCUCCAAGUCCCCAUCCAAAACUCCAGCCCAUGACCCUGCUUCUCCUUCCUCCCCCAGAGCAAGAACCACCGCAUUUAGCCCGUUUCAGGCUACUGGGAGCCCUGCGUCCUGGGGAACCAACGGUCAGAGGGAGGACCAGGCCUCCAGCUCCACUGCACCAGGCCUGACCCAGCCAGGGUGGGGCCUGGAUUGCCAAUGUGAGUGUGAGUGUGUGCAAGAGAGUGAGUGUGGCUGGAACACAGGCUUCAUGCCCGGACUGCAUUGUUUCCAAUAAAGCCCAACGGGUACCCACACAUCUGUCUGCUGUCUGCUCUCUGUCCAGGAUGGCAG